AUGGACUCGGCCAUGCUGCGCACCCUCGUCGAGGUGCAGUCCCGCGCCUCUGCGACCCACGGCGGCGGCGACGAGACGACGUCGUCGCAUCCGCUCGCCGCGCCGGCCAAGGCCGUGCCGAGGACAUACCCAGGCGCUCCUCACCGGGGCGGCGACUCGGUCGAGCUGCAGCGGCUGCCGACACAUGGGCAGGCUGCCGGCACGGCAUCCGGCCCUGGCUCCGGCGCAACGACGCCGCGCACCGCCGACAUCGAGAUGAGUCGGCCGGCAACACCGGACGGUGGCAACACCCCAGUCGCGACCGUCGCGACUGUCUGGCACCCGUUCAUGAACCGCUUCCGUCUGCUGGCCAUGUGCCUCACGAACCUGGGCAACGCGCUGAGCGACGGCGCGGCCGGCGCCCUGAUUCCCUACAUGGAAGAUUACUACAACAUCGGCUACGGCGUCGUGUCGCUCAUCUUCGUCGGCCAGGCGCUGGGCUUCGUCGCCGCGGCUCUCCUCCUCGACACGCUGCGCGCCAAGCUCGGCCGGGCGCGGCUCCUGGGCCUGGGCCAGGCCAUGAUGACGCUCGCGUACGUACCGCUCGUGGCGUCGGCGCCGUUCGUGCUCGUCGUCUUCGCCUUCUUCUUCGUCGGCUUCGGCAUCGCCGUCAACGUCGCCAUGGGCAAUACCUUCUGCGGCGGGCUGCACAACGGCACGCUCAUGCUCGGCCUGCUGCACGGGUGCUACGGCGUCGGCGGUAUCGCGGGCCCACUCAUCGCGACGGCGCUCGUCACCGUCGCGCACGCCACGUGGGCGCGCUACUACAUCCUGACGUUGGCCAUCAGCCUGGUGACGCUGGUGCUCGCGCUCUGGACGUUUUGGGGCUACGAGAAGGAGGAGGCGGAGGAGGAGGAGCAGAGGAGGAGGCAGCUACGAGAGUCGGGCUCCGACGACGAGCAGCUGCAGCAGCUGCAGCAGCAACAGCAGACGGAGGCACCUCCCUCGACACUGCUGUUGGGAAUGUUCACGGCGCUGCGGCUGCGCGUGGUGCUCCUGGGCGCCAUCUUCAUCUUCGCGUACCAGGGCGCCGAGGUGUCUAUCUCGGGCUGGGUCAUCUCAUUCCUGAUCCACGGGCGCGGCGGCGACCCCUCGUCGGUGGGCUACGUGUCGGCGGGCUUCUGGGCGGGCAUCACGCUGGGACGCUUCUUCCUGUCGGCGGCGGGCGCCCAGCGCCUGGGCGAGAAGCGCUUCGUUUACGGGCUCGUGGCCGGCGCGCUGGCCUUCCAGCUGCUCGUCUGGUGGGUCCCCAACGUUGUGGGCGACGCCGUGGCCGUGUCCAUCGUCGGCCUGCUGCUGGGGCCGAUAUACCCGUGCGCGGCGGCCGUGUUCAUGCGCGGGAUGGCCUCGCGCGACGUGCUGAGCGGCAUGGGCACCAUCAGUGCGUGCGGGAGCCUGGGCGGUGCCGUGGCCCCGUUCAUCACGGGUCUGCUGGCCCAGGCGGUGGGCACGUGGGUGCUGCACCCGAUUGUUAUCUUCCUGUUUGUCGUGAUGCUGCUGUGCUGGUACGGCAUCCCGCUCGAGGACAAGAGGACGGAGUAG